AUGGGUAGUGAUCAGUCUUUGGUGUCUACACUCAUGGCGAAAUUAUCUGCUACUUUUAGAAUUCGUGACUUGGGAGUUCCGGGUUUCUUUUUGGGAAUUGAAACAGUUCAUUUGGAUGGUAGCAUGCUGCUCUCUCAGAAGCGUUAUAUGACGGAUAUCCUGAAGCGUGCUGGUAGGACUGACUAUAAGUUGUUGGCAACUCCCAUUCCUGUGUCACGUCCUGUUGUUGAAUCGACAGAUCUUUAUGCAGAUCCCACGAGAUACAGGAGUUUAGCUGUUGCGCUACAAUAUCUCACUGUGACUCGUCAUGACUUGUCCUACGCUAUUAAUUUGCUUUGUCAACACAUGCAUACUCCGACGGUGGCUCACUGGGCUCAGCUUAAGCGAGUGCUACGGUAUGUUAAGGGGACUUUACAUUAUGGUUUACGGCUGCGUAAGUCCUCUAACACUGAUAUUCAUGCUUUUUCUGAUCCGGACUAG